UACGGUGCCACUGCCUCCUUUCAGUGGUUUAAUCCCAAACCCUUUAUGUUGUGGUCAUUAGCGCAGUGCAUGUAGACAUAUACUGGUUAUAGAUGUUUAUGAGUGCGGUGUAAAGACUGUGUUCAGGUCUGUCACUCUGUAGGGCGCCUGGUUAGGGUUAGGGGUUAGGGGUUAUUAUCUGUACACGGCUGUAGCUGCUAGCUGUGUGUAUAAUAGAUAGCUACGUAGAGACGGAAAAGAAGUUUUUACUGACAUUAAGUCAUGUCUGUAGCAGCUUUAUAUCCUGUUUUGGGCUUGAGAUCUGUUUCUAGACUGCAGAGGAUACGAGCACACAUGAUGAGCAGUACAGCGAGCCCCGAGGUCGUGUUGGAGAAAGUAGGGAAUUCCGGAGUGAUCACUCUGAACAGACCGAAAGCCCUCAACGCCCUCAACCUCUCCAUGAUCCGACUGCUGUAUCCCCAGAUGAAGAAAUGGGAGAAUGAUCCAGAGACAGAUCUUGUAAUUAUUAAAGGUGCUGGAGGUAAAGCAUUCUGCGCUGGAGGAGACAUCAGAGCUGUUACAGAAGCAGGUAAAGUGGGAGAUUCUUUAGCACAGAACUUCUUCCGUGAAGAAUACAUUUUAAACAACACUAUAGGGACUUACAGGAAGCCUUAUGUGGCCCUUAUUGAUGGCAUUACAAUGGGAGGUGGUGUCGGGCUGUCAGUCCAUGGGCGCUUUCGUGUGGCCACAGAGAAGACGCUGUUCGCCAUGCCAGAGACGGCCAUCGGAUUAUUUCCCGACGUCGGUGGCGGCUACUUCCUGCCGAGGCUCCAGGGAAAGCUAGGACUCUUCCUCGCCCUGACAGGGUUUCGGCUCAAGGGUCGAGACGUGCAGAGGUCAGGAGUCGCCACACACUUUGUCCAGUCAGAAAAGCUCUCGGCUCUGGAGAAGGAUCUGUCGGGUCUGAAGUCUCCCUCGGCCGGCGACGUAGCCGCAGUCCUCGACUCUUAUCAGGAGCAGAGCGCGCUGGACUCCAAGAAGCCGUUUGUCCUGCAGCAGCAUACGGAAGCCAUUAACAGGCUGUUUGACUGCAGCAAUGUGGAGGAGAUCCUGGAGAAGCUGCAGAAGGAUCAGUCUGCAUUUGCACAGAAGCAGGCGGAGACUUUGUCGAAGAUGUCGCCGACGUCACUGAAGCUCACCUUCAGACAGCUGCAGGAGGGAGCCGGUCUGAGCCUACAGGAAGUGCUGGUGAUGGAGUACAGACUCAGUCAGGCCUGUAUGAGAGGACACGAUUUCUACGAAGGCGUGAGAGCUGUGUUAGUUGAUAAAGAUCAGAGGCCUAAGUGGAAACCGGCGACUCUGGCUGAGGUCUCGGAGCAGUGUGUGGAGGACAGCUUCGCUUCUCUUGGUGACAAAGACCUCAAACUGUGAUCACUGCGAGCGGAAAGAUCUCCUCUGUAGAUGUGCAGCAUAGCAAGAUCCCAACGUCUGUAUUCUGUAUGAUCUGUCUUUCUUUUUGAGACUAGAGCUGAGGAAUGACUCUGUAGGUAGAAACAUCCAUUCACAAGGUUCAACAUUCACUGGUUAGGCUAUAAAAUUCCCUACAUCAGGUCUAACACAACCUCUCCACACCAGGCUGUGCUUUAUAUCCUCCAAACGAAUCCUCUGUGCCUCAGCUCCUGACGAAACAUUUAUUUAUUACACAACUUACAGUUUUGACCAAAUGCCUUCGAUUUGACUAUCAAUCAUUCUGUUUGCAUCAUUUCUCAAAUCAAUAAACAACGUAAUAUCUUCA